CACUUUUGACAUUUGUAAUAAAUUUGUUUUGUUUUGAGGUUAGAAUACAGGCUACUCAUGUGAUAAUGUUGAUUUUUUAUUAAUAAUUUUAAACUAAACAUAAGUGAAAAUGGUUGUUAAAAAAGAUAAUUCAUCGGUAACCAAGUACGAUUUCAAUAGAAAGGCUGGUAAAAGUAUCAUAAACCGCAAACCCACUUUUUCACCAGAUGGAGAAUCAGUCGUAGUUAUAGUUGAAAAUGUGGUACGAGUCUACAACAUACAGACCGGCGACUGCUCACGGAUCUUGGAAACGGAAGAAACUGUGAAAGAGCUAGUAUCUGUCCAGUUUCCUGAAAAUGACCCAUAUAAUUUGUACGGGUGCUCCGAUGGUGGACAGCUGACAGUGUGGACCUGGGGAAAUGGAGCAGUUCUUAGAGAAAUGCAACUGAAACUUCCAGCAGGCAUGACCGUAAUAACAUGUGACAUGACAGACAACAAUGAUUGUGUAGUGACUGCUAUGAAAAAGAACAGCAAAAUGCUCUUCCUCGCUUCAUUCUCCAUGAAAACUGGUGAAAUUAUCUAUGAGUACAAGGCCACUAAUGUACCGAACAAUGGUAUACUGAGCACUGCAAUUGGAGUUUGUGAUGGUGACAAGUAUAUUGCUCUAUGCAAUGGAACCAAAUGCCUGUUUAUUCAGAAUUUAAUUCAGCCUCACUUAAGAGCAGAAAUAAUCAACCACAACCAGCUCCGUAUCCUGAGUGUCUCGGCGCACCCCACUGAGAGUUGUGUCGCAAUUGCUGACACUCUCGGACGCAUCACACUCAUCCGAGGCUACUUGUACAGCUACGCGAACCUGUCACGGGAAGUCUUGCACUGGCACUUCCUGCCACCCUUUGCUACAUGCUUCUCUCAGGAGGGCAGCUACCUACUAACAGGUGGCAUGGAGAAGGUGCUGGUGAAGUGGACAGCGGGCGCGCUGGCCAGCAAGCAGAACGAGAAGUCGCUGCUGCCGCGCCUGCCCGGGAUGGUGCGGUAUAUAGCGACGAAUAACUCGCACACUGUGCUGUCCUUGUCUAACAACUCACUAGUGAUAGUGUCUGGUCAGCUGCGCGUGGUGACCACGAUCCUGGAGUGCGGCGGGCUGUCGCCGGCGGCGCGGGCGCUGGGCUCCGCCCUCGUGUAUCAUCGACCAAUGGGGGCGCUGCUGCUGGGCGGCCGGACCGGGCAUUUGCAGCUGUUCUCGACCAGUACUAACAAAGUGCUGUAUAAUAUAGACAUAACCCAAAUGAACCACAUCCCACCGUCCCGAGAGAACCUUUUACCCCUCGAGAUGGAAGUAACCUGUGCGGCGGUGAGCGCCGACGGCGCGUGGCUCGUGACGUCAGAGUACCGCAACGACGGCGUCAUGUUCCCCGAAGAACGACUCAAGUUCUGGGCCCUGGAUACCAGCGGAGGCAGCCCCUUCGUACUUAACACCUGUGUGCCGCUGUCGCACGGAGGAUGCCACAUUGUUUCCUUAGCGUUGAACAACAAAGGAGAUUUUUGCAUAUCAGCCGGUUUGGAUACUAAAUUCCGCGUCUGGAAACGCAUUACAGACAGCCACAGCAAAAAGGUCUCCUGGAAGUGUCUCACCGCCUGCUAUUACUCAUCAGGAGUCGGCGCGUCGCUCGCACACGGGAUUUUGAACAACUUCAAAAACAGCGACUUCUCCGAAGGCAAAGACGCUCACACUUACAUGACAGACGAGAAGCGCGGGAAGGAGAUCGUUCAGAAACUCAUGAAUAUACACAAGGAGGAUUCUUUGGUCGACCCAAAAAGUUUAAACUCUGGGGUGAAGAAGAAUGAUGAGUAUGACAUGGGUGGGGUGGCGAUCUCGCAGGACGGGUCGCUCAUAGCCGCGUGGUUUGGGUGUAAGCUCACUCUGUGGGACACCCAUGCUUGCACUCUGCGCACGUCUCUGUCGCAUCCGGCGAUGAGGCCGAAGGGACUGCAAGUCACGUUUGGACAUGAUGACGCGGCGCAUUAUGUGGUAUGCACAACACAAAACUGCGUGGCGGUGUGGAGUCUCCUGUCACUGACUAUGAAGUGGCUGGUGCCGCUGCAGCCAUCGUGCCUCACGGCUGACCCCUUCUCCAACAAGAUCGCCGUUGUUACUGUCACUAAUGAUGUGUUCGUGUUCACGCCACACAGCUCCACUCCACUACUAGCGCACAAGAAGCUGCUGACUCCUGAGACCGGAGUCAUCAAACAAUGCGCUUUCGGCGCGGCUUCUGGAGAGGAUGUCCGGCUUUAUAUGAUGAGGAAUGACUCGGAGAUCUACUGCCUAGAGCCAGAACAGUCUUCAGAAGUCCAGCUAGAAGUGAUAUCGCGGCGGCGCCUGCCCGCGUCCACGUUCUCGGCGCUGCUGGCGGAGACCCGGCUGUCCGCGGUGCGGGCGCGAGGGGCGGCUGAGUUGAGCCAUCUGGACACUGAUGCACUGGGGAAGACCGCUAUUAUACAGUUCCUGUCAGGCGCGCCGCACAUGAUGCCUCCAGUGAGUCUGCUGUCCACUUCCUUCCUCGAACACAUCUCCGGCAGACAAGAGAGCAAACAGGCAGACGAAGAACAAAUACAAGUCAUGGAAGUCGACGGUGACUCCAGCGAAGACGACGAACCAACACAAACCACCAAUGGAACCUACUCCCCGAAAAAGGUCGAGCUAUGGACGAAUAAUUAUGACGCCGUCAAAGAGAAGAGGCUUAAAAAGAUAUACAAAGAACCUCUUCUGGAAUCGCAGAUUACUCUGUCGCUGUUUGGAACGUAAAUGUAAGUGAUUUGAUUAAUAAAUGUCUGUAUAUUAC